UAUAACUAUCUAGUAAAAUGAACAUUUUUUCUUUAUAUCAAGAGGAUUGCUACUCAAAUUAUUCUUAGAUGUAAGAAUAAUUACUAUUACGAUUGAAAGACUAUUUUUGACUAUCACAUUAACCACUCUCCAAUCCCAUCGGCGCAAAUGGAAGUGCAAGGCUUUGUUUGUAUACAUAAAAUUGGCAUAGAAAUGAUACACAAUAUGUGACCUGUAUGUUAUUAAUAGUGUUUAGGGUGGGGCAUGUGACUGAAGUAAUUUUAAACUUGGCACCAAUCCAUUGACAUCAUAGAUUUGCACAUUCAUGACAAAACAUUUAACUGCUCCAGUGGUGAUAUUUUAUUGUGAGGUCUGAUACCUGCAUUUGAAAAUGAAAGCCAUAUCUGAGGUCACUGAAGUUCCCGCUGGGUCAACAGUGGUGUUAAAAUGUGGAAGUAAUGACUUCAAUCACAAUUUUUUGUUUUGGAUAUUGAAUAACAACACAAUCAUUGGUCCUGGAAAUAACUAUAAUGAAAAGAAAUUCAAAUAUGAAGUAUUAUCUGGAAAAUUACAUAUUCAUAAUGUUGCACCUACUGAAGCUGGAUAUUACCAAUGUAUAUCAAAACAUGUUGAUGGAUCAAGCCUGUCUGUUGGAGAAGUAGAAAUGAUAGUUCAGAGUCCUACAUUUUCUGGUGGAGACGCUAUAAAAGUGGCUGCUAUUAUAAUAUCCCUGCUUGUCAUCAUUAUCUGUGCUGUGGUGUAUUAUCGACUAAAGAGAGAAUGGAAUCAAUAUGAGCAUCCUGUUGAAGCAGAUGAAGACGAUGAAAAGCCUGAUGGUGAAGAAAUUUACAAUCGCACCACCACAGCUAUCAGCCAGCCAGUGCCAGGUCCAAGCAGGAAUCCCUCAUCAGAACAUUUGAUAUAUGGAAUAGACAAUGAAGGCUUAGACACUGAUUUUAAUUCGGUAUUUGAAAAUAUACAAAUUAAAUCACCAAGUUUAAUUUAAAAGUUAGCUUUAUGUAAUUUUAAUUAUAAUGCAGUAGUAUUAACUACAUGUUAAAAUUAUUGAUUCAGUUUUAUUUAUUAAUUCUAUAUUGGUUAGUUAUGCAAAUUUUAACAGUAGGUAAUAAAUGAAAAUUUGUAUCUAUGUAUUUAUAGUUAUAAAAAUAAGUAGAAUUAUGAUUGUUAUUGUAAAUAAUUACAAGAUUUUGUAAUUUCUUUUCUUUUUUAUUCAUAUCAUCUUAAAUAACUAGCUUUCAUUUGUUUUAAAAGAUUAUGUAAAAACCAACAAUGCUAAAACAAACAAGGUUGACCAAAUCAAUACUUCUUGUAAAUUGAAAAUAUGAUGAAAAACAUAAAUCAAUGUUUUUUAGAGAAUUCUUCAUAUACUAAAGUUUGAUUUUAUUCAAUUACUCACUUAACUUAAAUACUUGUAAAAUAAAAUAAAGUCUUUGCAUUUU